CGGAGUCAGUCCAGGACGGUGGUGAGGUGUGCUGGUGCUUUGAAGAUGGGCGGGCUCUUGCAGGUCAAACAAAACUGCGGUUGGCGACCAUCGAGAAUCAUGGGCGCAUGCAGGAUCCAGUAUGCGGUGCGUCCUGCCUCGCCCGGGGAGGGAGAAGCAAAUGUCAAGCGGCUCGGCUCGUCUCUGUUUGUCUGAUCCGAUCUGCGCCGCCUCUGAGGCCCCAAAAGCAGCCAGCCCGGCCAGAUCCGAAGCAGCGAGAUCGUCCUAUCUGUCGCAAUGAGCCAACCCAAUCAAACCGCCGAUGACGAUGGCGAGGCCAGAGACUAUGCCGAUCUGCUAGCAUCCAGAUCACAUCAACUGGCAUCCAUCCGUCGACCAAAAGACGGAGCCCCAGACCCGUCGUCACUCGAGCAGGCGGCGGCGCUGGAGCAGUCCCGCCAUGCCCUGGCUACUGUCCUCGCCGAAGAACGCAACACAACAAACAAACAGAUCGCCGAAGGCACUCUUUGCCCAGAUACCAAGCUCACUCAUGUUCCAAACAAUAAAGGAACCCUGUUCCGCACCAUGGGGCAGACGAUCCGUGGACAGCUCUAUCUCAAUCCCGAGGAGGCUCUGUGGUUGGCCGAACGUGGGUUUCUCAAGAUCAAGCACCACGGCGUCGGGAUCUCGAUUCAGCACGCAUGGUACCUUCUUUUGGGCGACAGCGACAAGACCAUCACCACAGAUCAGUAUUUGGUCUAUGCUUAUCUUCGGCGGCUGGGAUACAUAGUCUUCCGCCGCUCCCAGUGCAGCCCAUCCCCACCAGCGUCGACUCUGCCCUCGUCACCAGCCCGUCCGAGGGCUCUGUCAAGCAUAUUGUUGAAUUGGUGGAUGUGGCACCAGGAUCUUGUCGUCUCGACAUGCUAUCGAUUUUUUCGCAUGGCCGGACUGCGAUUGCCCUGUCGGCCGCUGGUCCUGCCGGGCUCGCUAAAAUCAUAUGACCAGGUUUUCGACCGGAUCAGGAUCAUCGACCGCCUCGAUCGAUGGACCAGCCGCCCAGCACCGAAAGCAGCGGACUUUGUUGUUUGGAAGCCCAACCCGGGAUUCAAAAAGUCCAACAUGGGCAGCCCGCACUUUCACAUUGCCGUCGUAAAUGUCGCCGAUGCGCUCUUUUCGAUGCAGGACAUUCAGGAAUUGGCCAGUGCGCUUCCGGAGACAGCAGAGCUCAAAGUCGCCGUCGUCGAUCAUGGCAACAUCUCGUUCCUGGAUCUCUCUGUCGGCCUGAAUGGGGGGCCACCCCGGUGAUGUUGGGAAGGGUGUCUCGUCGAGGUCUUGCUCCGGGCAAUACACAUCCACAUGCGAUUUCGUCCGCCGUCGACAAUACACUCGGUUGACUGCAUCCUUGCCGUAUCGAUAGGCCGCCCGCUGGGUCCCCUAUCCGGGAGCCGCACCAAUCGAGGCUUCUGUGCGGACAGGGAUGCAGUCGGACAUCCCGCUGUCUCCCUGGUGAUCGAAAUGACCCUGGUUGACU